GGAGCGAAUAAUUAUUCUAUAUAUUCUCUUGGGUUCCUCUGAGAGGACCAGUUCUCAAAUUUGGCGGUGUUCAUUGUGACAUCAAGAUGGUGAUCUCAAAAAUAAUCCUUGUUUCCUUAAGCAUCGUAUAUGCAUCCGCUGGAUACUCUCAAUUCUAUAUAUCACCCCAUUUUGCAACACAUAUCAACCCAGCAUUUCCAAUACAUCAUGAACAUCUCUUAGCACCACAAAUUACGCAGAAUUCAGCAAUCAACUUUCCAUCAUUUUACCAAUCACAACCGUUGCUGUUCAGUCAAAAUGUCAAUCCUUUUAUUCAACACACAUUUCCAACGCUGCCACAAGUAACUGUUGAACAAGCAAGAAGUAGCAACAGAGAAUCUUCUGGAAGGAGUCUAGAAACAGCUCAACCUUAUUCUGCCCAAGGAACAGAAUUUGGCUUCGGCUAUCGCACACAAUUUGACGAUGGCGCCAGCUCCACUGUUGUCUUCGUAUCAGGCCCGGACUCAAAAAGGAUGAGUUUGUUGAGGAAUAGCAGAUUAACAGCUAGAAAAUUGGCUUCUGAUAUUCUGGAUGCAAAAACAAGUGAUGAGAAAAACGAAAAGAUUAAUCAUGCACUCUCUGAUAAUAUCCCUGGCUUGAACUUCGAUGCUCUGAUCGAGGCAUUCCCAAGUUUCAAACCUUUAGGAGAAGAAGGAACAAGUUAUGUCAAUCUCUUCAGUCAUCCUGCUGACUUUUUUCCACUGCCUCAACCAGCUCAAACCACGACUAGCAGCCCUGCCUCCUCUCCAGCAUCUGAUCUGGCAAGCGAUGAUGAUUCUGAAAGUAUUGCUGUAGAUAGUGCCGACAACGACACGCCACUGGCAAGAUCAAACGAAAGCUCAGAGAAAGAAGCCGAAAGUAUUAUCCAGGAAACCAAAAUCCUGAUUGACGAUAUCAAAAAUCGUAGUGCGAAUGAAACUUCAUCUACAGAGACUUCUUCACAAUCGAGCAGCACUUCCAGUAGCUCAACGUCUACCGAAGAAAGUACUACUGCCAAGAGCGAAGAAAUCGAAACAACUACUCAAGUAUGAGAUUAUUGUAUGAUACGUUUCACAUUUCUGGUGAAUCAAACAGAAGAGGAAAAUAUCAAUAUAUCAAAAAAUUCCAAUCUUACAUUCAAACUUCUUAAAAGGAAAUGAGCUAAUGUAAAUUCCCGGAGUACUUCCUUAGAUUAUUCGAAUAUGUUGUAAAAUCUUACUAUUUUUCAUAUCCGCAUUCAUUCUAAUGUUAUCUUUCCAGUAUACCAUCUAAGACAAA